AUGAAAAUUCUUAUGAGGAAGCGUUUUGUACCCAGCCACUAUUAUAGGGGAUUGUAUCAAAAGUUGCAGAGGUUAAAUCAAGGUUCCAAGAGUGUGGAUGAGUAUUACAAGGAGAUGGAGGUAGCUAUGAUCCGGGCUAAAGUAGAAGAGGACAGGGAAGCCACCAUGGCUAGGUUUUUGCACGGUUUAAAUCGAGAGAUUGCAGAUAUAGUUGAGUUGCAGCACUAUGUUGAGCUGACGGAUAUGGUGCAUCAAGCCAUAAAGGUGGAGGAACAACUCAAACGGAAGGGAUUGGCUAGGAGGGGACAACCUAUGGCUACCACCAGCCUAUGGAAGACAGCUCCAAAAAGGGACGAGCAGCUACACAAUAAUCCAAAAUUUGAACCCUCGAAUGCCAAGCCAACGACCGCCACUACUUUAGGUAACACCGGUUCUUCUACUUCUAAAACACGUGAUAUUAAGUGUUUUAAAUGUCAGGGGCGGGGACACAUAGCUAGCCAGUGUGUAAACAAAAGGGUGAUGGUGAUUAAUGCCCAAGGAGAGCUUGAGUCAGAGAAUGAGGAAGAAGUAGAUGAUGAUGCUAUGCCACCUUUGGAGGAUGCUGAUGAUGAGCGAAAUGCUGUGGUUGGAGAUUUAUUGGUAGCAAGACGAGUUCUCAAUGUGCAGAUUAAGGAGGAAGAAAGUAACCAACGGGAGAACUUAUUUCAUACUCGGUGCUUUGUAAAUAACAAAGUUUGCAGUGUCAUUAUCGAUGGAGGGAGUUGUACAAAUGUAGCCAGCACUUAUUUGGUGGAGAAAUUGGCCUUAACAACUUUGAAACAUCCUCACCCUUACCAGCUUCAGUGGCUGAAUGAUUGUUGCGAAAUAAAGGUGACAAGGAAAGUGUUGGUGGCGUUAUCCAUUGGCAAAUAUGAGGAUGAGGUGAAUAGAUAG